CACACCGUCUGUCUAUCUUACAGGCGGACAUGUGACAAGUCGGUGUGGUUGGCGUAGGAAAAGUUUUUGUGCUCUAUUUGUUUGAAUUAUUUCACACAUGCAUGAUUGAGAGAUUUACUUGAGUGAUUUAUCUGAGUGAUUGCGAUGAUUUGACAAUCCAUUAGGAGCAGAGCUGUUCGUCUAAAAAGCUUCACAAGAGAGUCACUCUACAUCGGCCAUGAUGAAAGAUCUUAAUUGUAGCAACAAAUUGCAAGGGGAGUAAUUGAUACAUCGUCGAGAACAAUCGAUAACUCAUUGGCCUGGAAUUAUCUCCCGUAGGCCUAUGCUCAGUGCGCCGGGGUCAGUCAACCCUAACUGUCCAUUAUGAGCUGUCCAGUGAAACAAGCCAUAGAAGAAGACUUGAAAAAGGCCAGGGCUGCUAAGCCUGAGACCCAGGUUCGAAAACAGGGCUCCGCUGACAGCGCCCAGAUAUCAGAAGCCGGCAACAGCAGCACAGGAAGCCUCAGUGAUGCCUCCAGCACACCCAACGGCUCCGUCACGUCGUCGCCUUCCCGGGCGCGCGUCGGUGGCGCCCCGGAGCCCAGGGUCAUGAGGAAGAUCUCCCCAUCCUGCCCCAAUCCUCUCCUGAGCUCGCCUCGCAAGGUGUCGCCCCCGAACCCCAACCAAGUGAAGUUUUAUACCCUGAACGAGCAGGAUGGAAUCAGGGCUGCGGAUGACAUCACUUCCGACGCGGCGAGCAACUGUGGUUCGGUGGAAAGCUCGCCGAGGAUGAGAAAGAUCAGCAACAUCUCACUGACCUCCCUUGGCUCUGAAGGCGACAGUGAACUGGAAGGGGAGAGGAAACUGGAUAUUACAACAUUGAUAGAAGGAGUUGGGACUUUGAUCAUACCAGCGAAUUUUUACGUCCGCCGAGCCAUUCACAACGUCAUCAACACCAGAGACCCACGCGCUCUGGAACAUCUGCGGAAUGAAUCAAGUCAGCUAUUUUCGGAAGAGUUUCUGCAGAGGUCAGUCAGUGAUCCUAAUUUGAGGCAUGAGGCCAUUAGUGACGAGACGCUUGUGGCUAUGGCAGAGGAAACGGCCAAGAAGUUAGACAUGAACGUUCAGGAUGUGCUACGGACCCUGGGCCAGGACUACUUUAAGGUCUGCCUUGGAGACUACGGCAAGGCACUCAGGACACUGGGCAGUAACCUUUUGGAAUUCUACAGCAACAUCGACGGUCUGCAAGACCAGGUCAAGGCGUAUCCUAGAUUUCAAGGUCAACAGCCGCCAUCUUUCCGGUGUGAAUGGAAAAAAGACACUUUUAGUCUGCACUAUUACUCCCUCCGCUAUCAAAUUCUCAGCUUCGUGGCCGGCACCGUGGAGGCCGUCUCCAGGCUGCUCUUCAACGCCGAACUGGAAGUGGACAUCUCUUGCAACAGGGACACCAGCGCGCCCCACCACAUUUUCUACAUCUCAACAGACGGUCACACCAGCGACAGCACUGUGCAUCUCUAUGCUGACCACACCAACCUGUCCGCGGACCCGCGCGACUCCAGGAUCGGCGUACGCACGUUUUGUGCCACGUUCCCCUUUCACGUCAUCUUUGACGCGCAGCUGAACAUCGUCCAGCUCGGAGCUUCCUUGGCGAAGAUGAUUGCACCGGAAGUCAGUGCCAAGGGGCGUCACCUGACCUCGUAUUUUGACAUUGUCAAGCCCUUAGUCAAGGCCAGCUUUUCCUCCAUACUGUCCAGACUCAACUCAAGUUUUGUCGUUCGAACCAAGGGCCUGUCUAAAGGCAAUCACAGACUUUCCGAUAAUCUAGAGUUGAAAGGUCAGAUGAUAUUCCUCCAAGAGACAGAGUCUAUCAUGUUCUUGGGCUCGCCGAGUGUGGAGAAGCUGGACGAACUCAUCGGUAAAGGCAUCUACAUCUCAGACAUCCCCAUCCACGAUGCCACGCGAGACGUCAUUCUUGUAGGAGAGCAGACCAAAGCGCAGGAUGGACUGAAGAAAAGAAUGGAGCUGCUGAAAAAAAGCAUCGAGACUGCCAGCAAGGCCGUGGAUGUAGAGAAGCAGAAGAACGUUGACCUACUUUUGGAGAUCUUCCCGCCAACUGUCGCGCAGAAACUCUGGAGAGGUGAGAUUGUUGAGCCAACGACAAUCGACCACGUGACUAUGUUGUUCAGUGACAUCGUCGGCUUUACUGCCAUCUGCUCCACGUCCACACCCUUGCAAGUGGUUGACAUGUUAAACUCCCUGUAUACUCACUUUGACAUGUACUGUGUGGAUAUCGAUGUCUAUAAGAUUGAGACAAUAGGAGACGCUUAUUGCGUGGCUGGUGGUCUGCAUAAAGCCAGCAAGUACCACGCUCAACAAAUCGCCUGGAUGGCUCUGAAGAUGAUGUCCGCCGCCAGAAAUGAGAAGUCUCAUGACGGCGAAGUGAUUAAGAUGCGUAUUGGGAUCCAUACUGGCCGCGUCUUAGCGGGUGUCGUUGGGCGCAAGAUGCCCCGAUACUGCCUCUUUGGUAACAAUGUCACCCUGGCCAACAAGUUCGAGUCAGGGAGCGAGCCCCUCAGGAUUCACAUCAGCCCCACCACGUUUGAGUUGUUGAAGCACACUCCUGGUUUUAGCUUUACGCCGAGAUCUCGUGAGAACCUGCCAGCAGGUUUUCCGGACAGUAUUCCAGGAAUACCAUUUUUCCUGGAGGACUACGAGUUUCCUGACGUCAAAGGAUGCGGAGAGAGAGUCAACCACGUGGCCUUAGCCGUGGAGUAUUAUAAGAUCAAAGAAGAAGGCGUGGCUACGAGUUAACUAUGAAGUUCCCUGUAUUCUAAGAAUAUCCCUUAUUUUUAAGUCCCAUACUUUCAAACUGCGAUGGACGAAGUCGACUCAUUGUGAGAAACAUGAAGCUAUUGGAGCUAUUGGAGUAUCUCUGGAGAAGCAAUAAUAUCGAUGUUUCACUGUGUAAAUAGCUUAACAAGACUCAUUCAACGACCUUUAGGUUGUCUUUAACUUAAAUUAUUUUCAAGAACUAAUGAAUUGUGUAGUGAACUAGUGUGUUUAGAGUUCAGUAUUUGUUUCUCUGCUGUUUUUAUUUUAUUUAAAGUGUUAUUGAUACAUUUCAUAUCACCACAAGUUCAUCAAGAAGCCUUUUUUAUUCUAUUAGAAAGAUUGUGUCAGGAAACUACGAUGGUUCUCACAUUGGGGAUAUGUUGUCACUGAAAUACAAUUAUUACAUAGAUUACCACUUGGUCAGAUAGCGUGUAUUCACUAGGGAUAAAUAUAUUAUUCAACAAUUUUUAAAUAGAUUUUAUUACAUGUCUGUAUUUACUAAUUAAAGUCUCCAGCCAAUAAAAAUAUGUUUUUAAAUGUAGAUCUUUAUAGCAUAUUCGCUCAAUUUGACUUAUGUAUAAACUCAUUUAAUAACUCCCAGAUCAAUUUUAAUUAAAAACUUUUUAUCAAAUAUUUAAAACUUUUUCCUUUAGAUGUUUGCAUAAUUAACCACUAUAUAAAAUACUUUUAACAAAUAAAACAAAGGUUAUAUACGGGAAAGAACUACACAUUUACAGCAAUAUCUCUCACUACUGUAAGUCCUAUUUAUCGUUUUUUUAUAUUUAACAGAUUUAAAUAAUAACCCCAAAUUAAUUAAUAAAUUAACUUUUUGAUUGAUUAGUAUUUUGUGAGGGGCAAUGAAGAAUUGUGUAAAGUUUCAACUUGAUCCGAGAAAGGAAAGCGGGGAGAAAUAACGUGUACAAAUUUUGUACCAGACAGUCCAGAGGAGUGAGUUGAAAUAAACUUUGUUAACAUCAAGUUUGGAUGGCGUAGGAUCCAUGGUGCAAAGGGGUUCAAUGAACCCGGGCCUAUGAAGAAUAGGGGCUCACAAAGAUACUUUAAAAAAUGAAAAACAAAAGUUAUUGACUUAAGAAUUUCAAUGUAUCAAAUCCUUAUAUAAUUUUUUUAGUGUUAUUAAAGUGCUAACAGAGAUAGAGCCACAAAAAGCGAUAUAAACAAUGAAUGUAAAAGCGAUGAUUAACAUUGAGACAUAUUUCUUCUUCUUGCUUGAGACUGAUUUCUGCAUCGAAUGGCUCGGGAGGACCUAAGGUAGCGUCUAAGAAGUGCGAACUUGAAUGUAAUGACUCCAUUACUUCUAGAAAGUAGUACUGACAAAACAAUGUUGUUGUUUUUUUUAAUGUACUGAUGGAUUCUUGAUGGCUAGAUUUGUUUUUGUUUUACUCAAUGUAAGGGUGGGGGCCCACAAUCAUAUUCUUAAACUCGGGCCUUGAUACGCCACUGGAAAGACGUGACUUAAAAAGACCAGCAUGCAAAUGACCUGGUUUUUAAACUAAAGGUUGAGAUAACAGAUUGCUUUGGUUUAUCGAUAAAUCACAGUAGUUCUAUUUUUUUCUUCAUACCAUCUCGAUUGUUAAGUUUUUUUCACCAAUAUUUGCUACAUUACAAUUCAUUUGAUAUUUGUGGACGGGAUUGUCUCUCCAAAAUAGGGCUCCACAGCCACAUGAGGAAGUGUGCGAGAUGAACCAUAGUCGUCCUACGACUGAAAGAGGCCAACAAUAAUUCAUUACCAUUGCUUCGAGUGUUUCUUGUACUAACAUAUCGGAAAUAAUUGUUAAAGUUCUUGUCUCUUUACAAAAAAAGAUAAACCAACUCUUUGAGCACUGUUACCUUCUUUGACGAAAUAGCUCUGAUUUGAUUUGUCCAUCGUAGAGACAUCUUCCACAACGUAAAGAUAUGUACAUUACCUAGUCCAGUCUAUUUAUAGCACACCGACUCCUGGUAUUAAUCACUUGAUAUGUUUAUUAAUAAACUGGAAGCACAAUAUUUAUAAUUUUGUUUUGUUGAAUUUUGUACCAAAGUUAUUCGAUUUGACGUAACAUAAAAUGCAUACUCGUGUGUCUGCUUAUAUGUACAUUUGGUCAACUUACUAAAAAAAUAUUUUUUAUCCCCCCCCCCUCGCUUUUCCACACCCAUUGUGAUGUUUUGAGUAGAAUUAUAAAUAACUAAAAAAUCUCCCCCCCCCCACGUAUGUAUAUUUCAACCUAACGUUCUUGCUAAAACAUAGUCCGCUAAUAAGAUGUCAACAGUGACCUUUUUUGGGGGCCAUUCUUUACCGUCUGUUCUUGUAUGUCUAUCCAAUCUUUUUAUUGCGAACUUUUGAGUUCACAGUACCAAAACGCUACUAACAUGGUCCCUAGAUCAAAGUAGAACAGAAAACGAUUGAUGUGAAAACAAUUUACACGCUGCAGCAUAGAUUGAGACCACCCGAAAACCCCAUUCUCCUACCAAUGUUUUCUGAUAUUCGAUUAACCCCCCGUCAAGUCCAUGAAUGAAUGUUGUAAUAUAUGACUAUAUUAUGAGCAUGAUUGUUUUAAUGUAACUCUAUUUAUUUACAUGCGUAUCUUACUCAUCCACUAUUGUGAUACUUCAACUAUUAUCUUUUAUUACAUUGUACGUAUGUCUACAUCAACUUGAUCUGUGUAUGAUAACACACCUUUGUAUGGACCAUAUGCAGGCUUUGUGGAAAAGCAAUAAUUUCAACUAUUUUUUUUUUUACUUGAGGAAAUUUAUUUUGGAGUUUAAUUUGUCAAAAAGUCGAAAGUCUUUGUUGUUUUUUUUUUUUUUCCAUAGUGUUAGAUUUAGAUAUAGUGCACUUUCACACACCAGAAACGAAACGAAUGAUAAAACUAUAUGAAUUCGAAAAAAACAUAUAGUAAAUGUGAUGCCGAACUCUGGGCACACAUAUGGGAAUUAUGACUGACGCCUUCAAAGUAUGCAUUACAGUAAAGGGUAAAUAAAUUCGUAAAAUAGUCCACAGUUUCUCAACGCUUGCCUAAGUUCUUAUAGGAAACAUUCCCUUUGCCUUUCCCAAGAUCACGAGAGUAGCCUAACUUUAAUGUUAACAUAAAGUCAACAACAACAAGACAACACAAUUAGUUUUGAAGAGAUAGAGACUGGAUGCUUCUUUUGAGCUUCAACUUGAGCUUAACCUUAAAACGCUCAUCUCAGGCACACAAAAAUGUCGUUAAGUAGAUACCAUAGUUAUGCUGUCGAAGUCAUUUAAUAUUUUGUUUGUAAUAACGGCAGAUGAGUUCUGUAGUUCAAAGUUCAGAUAGUUUGGUAAAGAUACAUUUUAAGGUUAGUAUAAAAAAAAGAAUCACUAUUUUAAAAUAUAAUUUUUUUUUCGUAUAUAUUUAUGUCUUAAAACUUCAGUCCAUGUUGUGUGACAUUUAGGAAAUGAAAGCAGGUCAAAUUUUUAAGAAUAACAAAUGGCUGCACAUUAGAUCUUCACUAACACAUUAUAUAUUAUAAAUUAUUUUUUAUAUUUUGACAGUAACAUACUAACACACACUUUUUUUAACUGAAAAUCAAUUGUUUAUUAUCAAUAUACUGGUAAAAUGUCAAUUCAAUGAAUUGUUAAUACGCAAAUAUGUUUGGUUCUUAUCACUGUAUUUAUUAAUAGGUCGUUGCACCAUGUAGAAAUUAAUAAAUAAGUACACUGAA